AGAAAAAAAGAGCCUUCGUUUUGAAUUGUCCCAAUGGAAUCCCCAUUGAUUGUUCUCUCUUUUUAGGGUUUCCAAUUUUGGUUUCUCUCUCCGAUCCAAUUUCAACCCUUAAAAAGCCCUCACUGACACACCGAAAAGAAAGCUCAAUCCAUGAGGACGACACACUAGUAUUACUCUACCACCAACUGUACAUAUUUAUUUUUUUUUUUGUUCAUUUUGUCCAGGCCAUUUCCCCUCAAACCCUAGGAUUUUGACCUGUUAGGGUUUUCGAUUUCAUUUGUUUUCGUGUUUCGUUUAGUUUCCGAUCCUAUUCCGGCGUAGUUUUUCUUGAUUAUUGAGGUUAAGAUUUGGUUUCCAUGUUAUUGCUCUUCGUUUCGUGUAAUUGAGUCGUAGAUAUGGAUGUUUUCGGUAACGGAGCUAGAGUUCAAGUGGCAUCUACGUCCGGGGAUCUCAAGCGUUUUGGAGCCAAUUCAACAGAAGAUGCUCUGUUUGAUGCAUCGCAGUAUGCAUUUUUUGGGAAGGAUGUCAUGGAGGAGGUUGAAUUGGGGGGAUUAGAAGAUGAAGAGGAUGAUACACUUGCUGCUGGGAUUGAGGAGGAGGAGGAGUUUUUGUUUGAUAAGGAGAGUGAGGACUUUAGACCUCCAUCUGAUAUUGACGAUCUUGUUUCUUCUUUUGAAAGGUUGAGCGAGGUUGGUAGCGGGCCUACGGGAGUUAUUGGAGGUAGAGCAUUGAGAGAAAGUUCGUCAGUUAAUGAAUGGCCACAUGAGGAGGGCUUCUCCGAUUGGCUUGCCCAGCAAGGCUAUAAUGUGGAAAGUGCUCAGGAAGGAAAAAGAUGGUCAUCACAUCCACAUUUUUCCUCUCUUGCUGAAUCUACGUCUUUAUAUAGGACAUCUUCUUACCCUGAUCAGCAGCCGCAGCUGCAGCAAUACCACCAACAGAUCUCUAGUGAGCCAAUUUCUGUCCCGAAGUCUUCACAUCCUCCUAUCGGAAUAUCUCCUCAUGCUUCGCCAAACCAGCAUUCAAGCCAUCUAAACAUGCCUUUUGUUCCUUCUGGACGCCAUGUAGUAUCAUUAUCUCCAUCAAAUCUCACACCACCAAACUCUCAGAUUGCUGGUUUCAUUUCUGGAUCACGAUUUGGAAAUAUGCCGCAAUUUAACUCUGGUCUCUCUGCUAACGGUGGACCGCAGAGCCAAUGCGUCAACCAAGUUGGCAUGUUUCGUGGAGAACAUUCCAGUCACCUAAACAAUUUAUUGCCUCAACAGUUACCGAAUCAGAAUGGAUUUCCACAGUUACCACCACAGCCGCCGCAGCAGCAGCAGCAUAGGUUGCAACAUCCUGUUCAGCCUCCAUUUGGCGGUUCUCUAUCAGGUUUUCAGUCCCAUCUUUUUAAUUCCCAUGUAUCUUCAGGCCCACCUCACUUAAUGAACAAGUUGGAAGCCAUGCUCGGCAUACCAGAUAUGAGGGAUCAAAGGCCUAGGUCUCAGAAAGGUAGACAGAACCCUCGUUUUAUCCAUCAGGGUAAUGAGACCAGUAGUUUUAGGAAUAACUUCGGGUGGCCUUUCUGUAGAUCCAAGUAUAUGGGAGCGGAUGAAUUAGAGAAUAUUGUUAGAAUGCAGCUUGCAGCAACACACAGUAAUGAUCCAUAUGUAGAUGACUACUAUCAUCAGGCUUGUCUUUCAAGAAAAUCUGCAGGAGCAAAGUUGAGGCAUCAUUUUUGUCCUAAUCAACUAAGGGAUCUUCCACCACAUGCCCGUGCCAAUAAUGAGCCGCAUGCUUUUCUUCAGGUUGAAGCACUUGGUAGGGUUCCAUUCUCAUCAAUUCGUAGACCUCGCCCUCUUCUUGAAGUGGAUCCUCCAAGUUCGUCUGUUGGUGGAAGCUCUGAUCAAAAGGUUUCUGAGAAGCCCCUUGAACAGGAGCCUAUGCUAGCAGCUAGAGUUACAAUCGAGGAUGGUCAUUGUCUGCUUCUUGACGUGGAUGAUAUUGAUCGUUUCCUGCAAUGCAAUCAGUUCCAAGACGGUGGUGCUCAGUUACGAAGACGUCGCCAGGUCCUGUUGGAAGGACUGGCUGCAUCACUUCACAUAGUUGAUCCAUGCAGUAAAGAUGGUCACACAGUUGGGCUGGCUCCUAAAGAUGAUUUUGUUUUCUUGAGGUUGGUUUCUCUUCCCAAGGGUCGAAAGCUUCUCGGAAAGUACCUUCAGCUGCUCAUACCAGGUGGUGAGCUCAAACAAAUAGUUUGUAUGGCUAUUUUCCGUCACUUAAGAUUCUUGUUUGGUAGUGUUCCUUCUGAUCCUGGGGCAGCAGAUUCUGUUAGUGAACUUGCAAGAAUUGUCUCAUUGCAAACCCGUAGUAUGGAUCUUGGAGCCCUAAGUGCAUGUCUUGCGGCUGUAGUUUGCUCCUCAGAGCAACCUCCACUUCGCCCUCUAGGGUCCCCUGCUGGAGAUGGGGCGUCCUUGAUUUUGAAAUCUGUUCUCGAGAGGGCCACGGAACUCCUAACCGACCCUCAUGCUGCGAGUAACUAUAACAUUACUCACCGCUCUCUUUGGCAGGCUUCGUUCGAUGAAUUUUUCGGCCUUCUUACAAAGUAUUGUGUAAACAAGUACGAUAGUAUCAUGCAAUCACUACUAAGACAAUCUCCACAGAAUGCAGCAGUAGCUGUCUUGGAUCAAGCCACUGCCAUCAGUCAAGAAAUGCCAGUCGAAGUAUUACGGGCAAGCCUUCCCCAUACCGAAGAGUACCAAAAAAGAGUAUUAAUAGAUUUUGCUCAACGCUCGAUGUCUGUUGGUGGAUCUAACAAUGGGGCCGAGCACUGUGGUCGCAACAACUUCGAUUCCUUAUGAUCAAGAGAAGUUUGGUGAAUGUUGCACCUUUUUAUCUAUACGGUUCCAACGAAGGAGCCUUCAGAAUAAUCUCAUCAUCAAAAUACAUGUGGAAGAACAGAGAAAACCCUUCACUAGAGGUCUCUCUCUACUACUGCUCCCUUUAAUUUUAUUCUUUUUUCUGGUACGGCGGGUGAAAGGAGGGGCGUGCAAAACAAAGUACUUGCUUCUAUUCUUAGAAUGAUUCUUCUCUUCAUGUUUUUUACUAUUGAAAAAUUAACGCCAUUGUUAUGUUGGGGUUAGUUUUGAUUGUUUUUUUUCUCUUCCCGGAUUGGGUAGAGGAGGAGAGGUUUAGAGAUAGAAUACGGUGUAAGUGGUCCAGAUAUGAAUGAGAGAUAUAAUGUGGAUGGUUGAGGGUUAAGAGUGUACAGGGUUGGUCGGUCGGUCGGUCGGUCUUUGAGACCAAGUUCCCAUGGUCCUUCACUAUUUAUAAAUACCUGAGAAGGGUGGUGGGGAUGGGUAUUUUAAUGUUUUAUAAUUUACUUUUUAUGAUGUUAUUGGUGUCUACGCCCCACACAAGAGAGACAGAGACAAGAGUCGACGGGGGUGGAGUUGGACGUUGGCUGUGUUUUUUUAGCCCUAACAAACGGGUGUGGUGGAACUAUUUUCAUAUAUAUAUAUAUAUAUUAUUUUUUUAAUAAGAAGGAUGUUAAGAAUAAUGGAAUGGGUUUUCCAUAUUCUUUUUGGUCAUUUGUAUUUACUAAAUUCCUACGCUUUAUUUGUCUGCUACAAUGGAAUUAAUUAAUUAAAUUAUUUGUAUUGAUUAUGAUGCCAUGU